CUUUUAAGACUAGUGCAGUUUAUGCAACCGGCCACAGAUUUUAAAAUCGCAAAGUCACUACGGGAAGCUGCAGAGCUCAUUCACUGACAGCACGCUCUUUCCCAGAAGCCUUUCCUCAUAUUGUACACAAUCAUCAUGGCGGCGCAGGAUGGAAGUGAGGUGGUAGGAAUGGAGGCUGAGGUCACGCAGAAGGUACCAGAAGUGCUGUGUGAAGCUGCUGGACAAGGAGAUGCAGCAGGGACUGAACAAGCAUCUCUUGCCGACGGUGAAAGCACAUCAGCUCAGACCGCUGCUGUCAGCAACGGAGAGGAAAGUGACGAGGGGAAAGAGAUGGUGGAAGUGAAAAUCAUUUGGAACAAAAACAAAUAUGAUCUUAAAAUUCCUUUAGACAGCACCGGUGCUAAGAUGAAAGAGAAGAUUCACACUCUCACUGGUCUUCCACCCGCUAUGCAGAAAGUGAUGUACAAAGGAUUGCUACCAGAGGACAAGACGCUUCGAGAAAUCAAAGUUACAAAUGGUGCAAAGAUUAUGGUGGUUGGAUCUACAAUAAAUGAUGUACUAGCUGUAAAUACACCGAAAGAAGUUAUUCAGCAAGAGGUUAAAGCUGAGGAGAACAAAAAGGAGCCAUUGUGCAGGCAAAAGCAACAUAGAAAAGUUUUGGACAAAGGAAAACCAGACGAUGUCAUGCCAUCAAUAAAAGGAGCUAAGGAGCGUCUGCCAACAGUGCCUUUAUCAGGAAUGUACAACAAAUCUGGCGGCAAAGUACGACUCACUUUCAAACUGGAACAGGAUCAGUUGUGGAUUGGAACGAAAGAAAGAACAGAAAAAAUCCCGAUGGGUUCAAUCAAAAAUGUUGUGACUGAGCCAAUAGAGGGUCACGAGGACUAUCACAUGAUGGCAUUUCAGCUGGGUCCGACAGAAGCCUCACAAUAUUGGGUCUACUGGGUGCCUGCACAGUUUGUUGAUGCAAUCAAAGACACAGUUCUCGGAAAAUGGCAGUAUUUUUAAUGUGCCUAUAGACACUGAAGAAUUGGGAUUCAGAGCAAAAGAUUGAAAACAUUAACUGGAGCCAACACAAUAAUCUGAAGAACUGAUUUUUCUGAAGUAAAUCCAGAGCAAACCGAAGGAUUGCUGUUGGACAAAAUAUUUUGGGGGUUUUAAGUGCACUAAGUGUCAGCAUCCCAUUUUUCAAACUGUUUCACCACUUCUUUUUUUUUUUUUUUUUUUUAAAGCAAUCCCAAGCAUAAACAGAAAAUUGUACAGAACUUGCAUAUACAUUUCUCGUAGUUAUUCUGAAAGAAAUAAAAAUUAUUUAAGGAAAACGA